AUGGAUAAAGAAGUAGAGUCAACACCUACAACCGCGUCGAAUGAGCCUCCAGGGCAUGACAUCUUCUGCACCCCCGAAAACAGCGAAUUUCUCUUGCAAGUUGAGUAUAAAGAUCUCAAUGCAAGCAACAGAGAAAUCCGUCUUCUCAAAAUUCUGCCCGAAUCAGGGCCGGGCUUCAUCGAAUGCGAAUUGUUACCCAGCGUGAAACUCGCUGACGUGCAGAAGCAAUAUCUUGCACUAUCUUACUGCGCAGGUGAUGCGCGCAAUACGAAACCUAUUCUCGUCAAUGGGGCAAGAUGCAAUGUCUUUGCCAAUCUCCAUCACGCCUUGAAGAUAGUUCGCCACCAUUGGAAGACACAUACUUACCAUCGAGAUUUGCUCCUAUGGGUGGAUCAGAUAUGUAUUAACCAGGCUAACCUGGCAGAGAGAUCGCAUCAAGUUGGGUUCAUGAGAGCUAUUUAUGAGAGUGCGAGUGAGACUCUUAUCUGUUUAUCUGUCGCUGAGACGCGAGGAGACGGUAUGCGAUGGCUCGUGCAACUGGAACGAAUUCUUGGAGGUGCGUUGAUUCUGCGGGCCAUGUUUCCCGAGGAAGACCAGUCACGUUCACGACGCAUCGUCUCAAAUUUCGACUUUCAAUAUAGCAUGCAGGAACGCCUGAGCCAGCCCGAGUUCGUGGAUGGCUGGAUCGAGUUCUGCAAAGUCCUGAGCAGUCCAUGGUGGGGAAGAGCAUGGGUCUUUCAAGAGUUCAUGGUUUCUUCUCGAGCGACGUUUCUCUACGGACAGCACUCCAUAGAUCACGCGCUUAUGCUUAUACUCAUGCCCGACCUCUGUCUAUCGACUCUAGGGGUCCUUUUUGAGCCUACCAGGACCCGCGGAACGUGUACUGAGAAGAAGCUGAAGCGUGCCAAGCUCACUCGUACCCAGGUCUCACAAUCCAUCUCCAAGGUUCUCAGUGUGUUUCUUGCCAAGCACGAAUGGUAUCGAAACUACGAUCUGAAGAAGCUUCUCGUGUAUACGCAGAAAUGUCAGUCUUCUGAUGAGCGGGAUCGGAUCUACUCCAUGGUCGGACUUGCGCACCCAGGCUACGCAAUGAUACCCGACUAUUCAUGCGAGAAGGCCUUCGAGAGGCUUCUUGUGGAAACGACAAGGCGUAUCAUCACUUUCGAGGAUAGCUUGGAAGUCCUAUCAUACCUAAGUCGUGGUGACCCGCCUUCUGCUAGCUACAGAAAAUUACUGCCCUCUUGGGUUGUCGAUUGGACCACAGUUCACUCAUUGCCCUCCUGGGUCGUUGACCUGGCCGAGAUUCGACAUCUCCCUGAAGCUACGCAAUACAGGGAAGAGAUCGACCCGAGUGUCAGCAAUCACUACAUCAAAGCAGGAUAUGCGGAUGCUUCAUUCGCCCAGCUACCACAUCCGAUAUACUCAGAAAUAAAGACUACAGCAUUACAGGUGUGGGCUGUGUUCCUGGAUUCCGACUUCCUUAUCAAUGACCAAAAGAUGUUUGUUAGUCAGAACCUUUUCGCAUUUAAGGCCGAAUUUUCCGUGCAAAGGGAUGACGAGCUUUGGGUUCUCUACGGCUCAUCGGAGCCCUUUCUAUUGAGAAGAUGUCCGGGCGGAUACAGGAUCAUUGGGCCGGUACUUUGCUUGACUUUGACGUUCCAGCCUUUUUGGGGGAUAUCUGGACGUUUGGACGAGUUCACUGAUGAAUCUGGAGACCUUGACCCUACCAAGAUGAGAAGGGAACGGAUUACGAUAUUUUAG